AAUUAAAUAACAAUGAAACUAUUUUUUGUAGAAAAAAUUAUCAAUGAUUUAGUGAUUUUUCUUUUUAUCCCUUUUACAAUCCAUGUAUUUAAAAAAAAUUACUAUAGAGAAUGGAGUGAAUAUCAACAAUACCUGUGUUGGUAGGACUGGAUAACCGCUUAGUUUUCUGAACCUACUUAAAAAUGCCGCAUGAGAUACUUUUUAAUAGUAAAUAUUACAGUUAAUAAUAUUUUUUCUACACUGAAAAAUAUGGAAAAAAUGAAUUCCAUGUUGGAAGAAGGAAAUGUGAAUAAAAUUGUUCUUCAUGUAUUACUUCUCACCACGUGCUUCAAAGUGCUUCUAAUUCCUACGUAUCAUUCCACAGAUUUCGAAGUGCAUCGUAAUUGGCUUGCCAUAACACACAAUUUGUCACUUAAAGAAUGGUAUAUAAAUGCCAAAUCACAAUGGACUUUGGAUUAUCCACCACUUUUUGCAUGGUUCGAGUACUUUCUCAGUCAAAUAGCCAGAUUCAUAGAUUAUGAUAUGCUGAAGGUGGAAAACCUAAAUUAUGCAUCCUCCAAUACUAUUUAUUUUCAAAGAGGCUCUGUUAUAGUUUUAGAUUUAAUAUUUGCUUAUGGAGUUAAAGAAGUUGGAAAAGUACUUUGUACUACCUUUGAUGAAUAUGUUAUCUUCAUAGUUUUUUCACUUUGCAAUAUGGGAUUAAUAAUAGUAGAUCAUAUACAUUUUCAAUAUAAUGGAUUUUUACUUGGUAUUUUUUUACUUGCUAUUGCAAAUGUUUCUAAAAUUAAUAAUUUAUAUGGAACACUGUUGUUUGCCUUGCUGCUGAAUUUAAAACACAUUUAUUUAUAUGUAGCACCAGUGUUUGUAGUCUGGUUACUCAAAUCAUAUUGCAUGAAUGGUGGUUCAUUCUUCAAACGUUUCUGUCUGCUUGGAAUCAUAAUUAUUAUUACUUUGAUAAUUUCAUUUGGUCCAUUUGUUUCACAAUUACCUCAGGUUGUUCCCAUUUAAAAGAGGUUUAGUACAUGCGUAUUGGGCAGCAAAUGUUUGGGCAUUAUAUAUAGGUAUAGAUAAAGUAACAGCUUUAAUUUUA